AUGUCGGAAACCGACUCUUGCAUGCAAACACUGAUAAUGAGCAUCCAGCUCAUCCCUUCCAAUUGCCUCUUUACACCACAGGAGAAUAUGAUCAAAGAAGAAUUUGUGGCAAGUAUGGAGGACUUCGGGCACCAAGAACUUGCAAAGGCGCGACUAUCACCCCAACUCAAUAGCACUGCGGAUCGCCCUUACCUCCCUCCCCACAUGCAAUUUGGGGCUGGUGGGGAUUUUAUAUCUGACAAAGAGAUUCAAGCACUCCUCGCAAUUUGCGUAGUGCCACUGGCACUCACUCAGCCCUCCUCUUCCUUCUUCUCAGAUCUGGACACCGAUCAAUUGCAACUACAAGGCUCUCCAACCUCAAUUGGUGGGCCCUUGCAAUUGCAAGACAUCAUGUCUUGGAGUGGCUCAAUCAGUGGGCCCUCGCAAUUGCAAGGCAUCAUGUCUCCGAGCAGCGGUUCCUCUGGCGCUCCUCCCCCUUCCAUCCCAGGAGGCCGCCCACCUUUAAGGACCAGCAACCCAACCGAGUUAACGCAUGAUCAGACAAUUGAUCAGCGUAUUAUCCAUCCAGGUAGUUCCACAUCAGCCAAUGACUAUUUCCGUUCUCAAAACCCCCUUGCUCGUCUUCCACUCACCCCUUCUCCCCCACCUGCCUCCACCAAUGCACGUAACGAAUCCAGGACCAUAUCCUUGUGGCGCAUCAAGCAUGAAGUCAAAUUUUUGCCGGAGCACAUCAGUGUCGCACAAACAAGGAUGCGUAAGUAUGUCCUUCUCAAGGACACCAUGCUGACGAAGCAACAAAAAAGCCAAGAAGCCAAGGACAUCCUUGGCUCCCUGGCCGUGGAAUACGGUGCUUUGGGUGUCGUAUCAGAUGUACGCCGGCCAUUCAUGGCCAACUCAUCAAGCGCUGUCGAGUCGGCUUUCCAGUUGCGCCUGCCAUUAACGGACCAUACAACGGACCCAAAGGAAUUCAAGGCCAACCGUAUUGCGCAGGUCCUAGCCGAUGAGUUGCCGGCCUUCCUCCACACAAUUGACAAUGACGGAAAUGUCCUACAUUCCGGACACCACAUCAUUCCCGACACCAUCCUCGACUCCCUCUUCAAACACAAACACCUUUUUGGCCAUAUCCUUGCUGACAAUCUGAAGGAUCCCAGAAACACGCUGGACAUCAUCAUCAGCCUGGCUGCAACCACGGCAUUUGCGUCCCUCAAAGAACGUGGAACUGGCGUUUUCAACAAGAAGUGUAUGGACGUGAUAAGGGGGAUUCGCAAGGCUGGCAAUGAGGCCGCCGCUGCAAGGUUUGAUGCGUACGAAGCUGAUAUUCUUGCUCGUGGUCUUGCGCUGUAA